ACUAAUAAAAUUCCUCAGUUUUGUUGUGGGUCAAAAAUAUUUUAAUUUAUUUAGUGAAUUAUUGUAAAGAAAAAUAGGAGCUAUGUAUAGAUAUUUCAAUAUAAGUAGAAUUGCCUGAGCAUGGUAAUUGGGUAUAAUUUUUCCAGGCCUCAAACUUGUUUAGGUUGGCUGAAAUGUAUAUUCAUGAGAGACUCUGCCUAUGGCUUGGCCACUUGAAGCUAUCCCGGGUUAUUUUCACAGUGCUGCUGAUACUGUUUGUUGUGCCAUUAGUUACCCACUAUUACUUGUCUAAGUAUGAGUCCUCAUCAAUAUCACUGGGUAGUAGCUCUGUGCGCCACACACUGGACGCUCUGGGGGACUUCACCACACUGACGGCCGCGGACCUCAAGAUGAGGAUUGAGGAAAUGCUCAGAAUCAAGGCGUCAGUGUCCACGGAGCUGCGCGAGCUGGAGGCGCGGCGCGGGCGGCUGCAGCGCGAGGCGGCGGCCGCGGGCGCGCGCACCGACGCCCUGCGCGCCGAGCAUGCCCGCGCCGCCGCCGACCUCUCGCGCCUGCGCGUCUCCGCUGAACAAGCGCGCAUCGCACAAAUAGAGGCCACUCGCAGAGACUCCCCGCAGCUAGCCCCGCCCCUCCAGCUCCUCCCCUCCCGCCCGCCGCCCCGACUACCCCCUCCCCUCCACCAAUCGGAACCCGACUGCCGCAUGCACUCCUGCUUCGACCACUCACGCUGCUCCUUAACUUCAGGGUUCCCAGUCUUCCUAUACGAUCCUGAUAACCACGCGCCGCUAGCUAACGCUGAAGUGGACGGGUUUCUAAAGACGACGUUGAGACAGACGCUCGGGUAUAAUACACAUUUGACGCAAAAGGCCGAGGAAGCGUGCAUCUAUGUGGUGCUAGUCGGUGAAGCGUUUCCAUCCGAUAGCAAGAACCCUUCGCCAUCAUCAACGACAGAAAGCUAUAAGCUCGUCCUGAACGAGACGGCAAUAAGAUCCCUACCCUACUGGGGCGGCGACGGCCGCAACCACGUCUUAAUAAACUUCGCCCGCCGCGAGUUAUCCGUGGGUUCUGGAGACGCGUUCCACGGCGCGGCGACGGGCCGGGCCAUGAUCGCGCAGUCCACGUUCACUCAGGGGAGGUUCCGGCCGGGGUUCGACGUGGUGACCCCGCCCGCGCUCGGCCCGCCCGGAGGGGAUGUGUGGGCGGAUUGUGCGCCUAUUGCGCCGGCUAGGAGGAAGUAUUUGCUUAGUUUUCAGGGCUCUCAGUCGCCUACGAGGGGCGAGGAUCGAGAUGACGACGAUUAUCUAAUCAAAUACCUACAGAAAGUAGUGGACGCGGCCCCCGCAGCCGACCUCUUCUUACUGCAGUUCGAAUGUGACCCGCCGACUGAAAGGAGGGCGCUACUAGCCAUCGGGGACUGGACCUUAUGUGGUACGGACAGGUCCCGGCGCUCCGUGCUAAGAGAAUCAACAUUUGUGCUGAUCCUGGCGCCAAACGACCGCAGCUACGUCAGCACAGCGCUGCUGCAAGCGAGGUUAUACGAGGCGCUAAGGUCCGGAGCUAUUCCGGUCAUAUUGGGAGGGGAUAGAGUCCAAUUGCCAUAUAAUGAGGUGAUCGACUGGCGCCGCGCCGCGAUACUACUGCCGAAGGCGAGAGUCACAGAACUACAUUUCUUCUUACGAGCUAUAUCUGACGCAGACUUGUUGGCCUUCCGUCGCCACGGCAGAGUAUUAUGGGAACGUUACCUAAGCUCAGUUCAAGCGAGCAUAGACACGUUACUAGCUGUGAUACGAACGCGUCUGAACAUCCCAGCUCGAGCGGCCGUGCCCGCCGUCGGCGCUCCGGCCUUCAACGACUCCUACAGCCCUCCCAAACUAGAACCGCCAACCAUAGACACGGAACCAGAAGAAACUCUAGGACCUUUAGAAGCGCCGUACCCCAGUCCAGCUUACAAACGGAACUACUCCUUAUCUUUGCUCCACGGGUAUGAAAUGUGGAACGAUUGGGGGGAGCCGUUCACUCUGUACCCGCAGCUUCCGUGGGACACCCCUCUGACGUCGGAAGCGCGGUUCGUCGGCUCUCCAUCAGGGUUCCGCCCUAUAGGCGCGGGGGCGGGCGGGGCGGGGAAGGAGUUCAGCGAGGCGCUGGGCGGGGACCGGCCGCGGGAGCAGUUCACGGUGGUCAUACUGACGUACGAGCGCGAGGCCGUGCUGGCCGCCGCGCUCGCCCGGCUGAGGGGACUGCCCUAUUUGAAUAAGGUAGUGGUAGUAUGGAACGGGCGCGCCCCCCCCACCAUGUCGUGGCCGGAGUCGGGAGCCCCCGUGCAGGUGGUGCGCGGCGCCAGGAACUCGCUCAACAACCGCUUCCUGCCGCACCAUCUACUGGAGACUGAGGCUGUGUUGUGUGUUGAUGAUGACGCGCAUUUGAGGCACGAUGAAAUUGUUUUUGCUUUCCGCGUGUGGCGCGAGCACCGUGACCAGAUCGUGGGCUUCCCGGGCCGCUACCACGCCUGGGACCUCAACUACAACAACGGAUUUCUCUACAACUCCAACUACAGUUGCGAGCUAAGCAUGGUGUUGACGGGCGCGGCGUUCAUCCACCGCUACUACCUGUGGUCCUACUGGCGCCUGCUGCCCGCCGCCAUCCGCGAGUACGUCGACGAGUACAUGAACUGUGAAGAUAUAGCCAUGAACUUCCUCGUCUCGCACAUCACGAGGAAACCGCCGGUUAAGGUGACCUCUCGCUGGACGUUCCGCUGCCCGGGCUGCCCGGUGACGCUCUCCGCCGACCAGACGCACUUCCACGAGCGACACAAGUGCAUACAGUUCUUCUCACAGGUGAUGGGCUACACUCCGCUGGUGAGCACGCAGUACCGCGCCGACUCCGUGCUGUUCAAGACAAGGAUACCGCACGACAAGCAAAAGUGCUUCAAGUUCAUAUAAUGAGGAUGCAUCUUCACAAAACAAAC